CGUUGUGUCUCAUCAGCUCCAGCCAGAAGGACCCGUCGUCGGCCACCGUGGGGAAGGUCCGGGACUUGGCCUCCUUCCGACGUCACUUCCGCAUGGGCUUCAUGACCAUGCCGGCCUCCCAGGCUCUGUCCCCCCACUCCUGCUCCUCCGCCAUGGCCCCCCGCUCCCAGUCCUGCCACGCCGUGGGCGCGGGGGCCCCGGGGGACGCCGGCCUGGAGAACGGGGACUACUCGGACACCCAGUCGCAGCACGGGGGGCGCUGCCCCCCCACCAAGCCCAGACGACACCCAAGCACCCGGCUCAGCUCCAACUCCUCCGACCCCCGCGCCUCUCACGGGCCCCCCGAGGCGCCCCCUCCGCCCCCACCAUCGCAGUCCAAACACUCGGACAAGAAGAACGCCAUGAAGAAGUCAGACUCAGGAGACAUGAGCAAGAAGGUUCCUCCUCUGAAGCCAAAGCGGAGCCCCAGUACCCAGCUCUCCUUUGACCCCCCGCACCCCCGGCCCGGCCCCCCCACCACGCCCCUCCCCUUCCAGGGGCCCGAAGGCCAGGGUGCUCUGGGGGACGAUGAGCCCGUUUACAUAGAGAUGGUGGGCCAGGUGUUCACCAGAGACAGCCAGACGCCUCACCCCGUCACCCCUGCCGCCACCACGCCCGACUCGGACUCGGACCAGAGCGAGGCCAUCUACGAGGAGAUGAAGUACUCUCUACCGGACAGCAGGGACUCCCACAAACGCCUGCCGCUCAAACAGGAGAAGCUACGACCCUCCAAACACCACCACCACCACUCUGCCGCCUCCUCCUCCAGCGCCUCCUCUCCCCUCCCCCGCCCCUCCUCCUCCUCCCCGUCCUGCUCCUCCAAAACUAAAGCCACAGUCUCCAUCUCCCUCUCCUCGCCCCUCCCCUCCUCCACCUCCUCCACCCCUGUCCCCCAGGUCCUGUCCUCCAGCCCCCACCCCCCGCGGGCCCCCACCCCCUACCUGCUCCAGGGGGGCAAACCAGAGACAGAGACCAACAGUAAAAUCCCAGCCCCCUUCCCCAACCUCCUCCAGCACCGGCCCCCCCUGCUAGCCUUCCCCCAGCCAGCUGCCGCCUCCAGUGGGGUGGGGGUCCAGCACAAGACCUCCACCAAGCUGGGGACCAUCAGCAUCCAGUCCUCCUCCAGCCUCACGGCUCCAGCCGGCUCCUCAUCCUCCACCCCCUCCUCCAACCUCCCGGUGCUCCUGUCAGGCUCCUCCACCACCUCCUCCAACCUCCCCAUGCCCCUGUCCGGGUCUAAAGACCCCUCAGGGGGGAAGGAGGACAAGCAGGCCGACCGUAGAGACAUCUCGCUGGGGCCUGCGCCCGGCCUCAGGGCACGGAGCCACUCCACCCCGCUGCCUCCCUCCUCCAAGUCCACCUCCCCCUACUCCCACCACCACCACCACCACCCCCAGCACCGGCCCUCCCACUACCACCACUACCGCAAACCAGAACGAGGGGACUCCCCUGCCCCUGGCAAGACCGGCUCCCAGACCUCCAGCCAGUCCUGCGCCCAGACACAGACCCAGGGCUCGGGCAAGGAGGGCAAGUCUGUCAGCUUCCUCUUGAAGUCGGACAAGGAGGAGAGGGAGAGGGAUAGAGACCGAGAAAGAGGAGAGAGAAACAGAGACAGAGACAGGGAGAAAGACAGAGACAGAGAGAGAGACAGAGACAGAGAGAGAGACAGAGAGAGAGACAGAGAGAGAGAUCGAGACAGAGAGAGAGGGAGUCACUCCUCUCAAAAAGAGAACAUCCCCACAACCAGCUGUCACUCCUUACAGACCAGCUCCGCCCCAACCCUCACCUCCUCCUCCCAUCGCCCUCACUCUCGCCCCCACCUCCAUCGCUCCCACGCCCCCCACACCCCCCACGCCCUCCCCGCCUACAAGCCCCCCUCCUCGGACAGCCCCCUACUGUGGACCUACCCCUCUGGGGGCUUCCGCCGGCCCCCGGCCUACGACAGUCUGCGAGGGGGGCCCCAGCUGCCCUCGCUGCACCCCUCAGGGCUCUCCGGCGGGGGCGACAUGGCCUCCAAGAGUAGCACGGUUCCGGGUCCCCUCCAGGGCAAGGCUGGAUUCGUGCCCUGGGACAGCGCUGGGGGCCUGGGCUUCUCAGACGAGGGCUCCCACUGGCCCAUGCAGAGGAAGCUGUCGUUCAGUCAUGGAACCAGAGAGGCAGAGAAGAACGAGAGCCGGGCGUGGAACGGCAGCGCAGAUGCCCUGCUGCGCCUGGGCCAGGAGGAGGCGGGACACCACAGAGGAGGACACUCCGGGAUCCCCGUGCGUUUCAGCGGCGGCAGCGCCAGAGGCCACGCCCAGGGGCUGGCAGGAUUGGAGGGCAGUGCCAGAGGCCACGCCCAGGGGCUGGCGGGGUUAGAGGGCAACGUAGGCUUCAGGGACCUGCCCAGAGGAUGGCUGCCUCUGCCCUGCCAGACCUUCCCCGCUUGCCGGAAUGGAGAGCUGGGCAGACUGGGCCGCUCGUCCUCCACGUCGGGAGUGAGACUAGCCGGAGGAGACGUGACCCGGCAGAGCAGCCUUCCUGGCCGAGAGGCUCAGAGUCAGACCCCGGCACCCUGCAGCCCCGCCCCGUCCAGACAGCAGCAGCUCCACCUGCAGUUCCAGCACCUGGCCCAGCUGGCGCAGGGACACCCUCCCUCCACUGGGGGCGCCAUCCCGUCGGCCGCCCAGACGCAGCGGGACGGGAAGCUCCUGGAGGUGAUCGAGCGCAAGCGCUGCCUGUGCAAGGAGAUCAAGGCCCAUCGGCGCCCCGACAAGAGCCUGUGCAAGCAGGACAGCAUGCCCAUCCUUCCCAGCUGGAGACGAACACCAGAGCCUCGCAAGACUGGCACCCCGCCCUGCCAGAGGCCGCAAGCGGUGGUGUGGGACACUGCCAUCUAGUGGGGGGGGGA